AGAUGCAGGAUCGAUCAUUUUAUCAUUAUAAAAAAGAGAGAUGUCCGAGAGAUGACUGGUUUUUUUAUCGUGAGCGAUUAAUUAAAUUAAAUUACUAGACUUCAAAAAACACCGACUGUAUAUUAUAAUCUAUACAGACAUAAUAAAAAGUCAAUAAUACAAAAUAUCAUGAAACAAAAUAAGCAUAAUCGAAAAUUUUCGAGUUUUAAUCAUGAUUUGCCACAAAAACCCAUAUCUAAUAAUGAAGCACAAAAUUUGUUUGAACAAUAUAUACAACAAUCAUUAAAAACAGAUGCUAUAGAGGAUUUUUGGCAAAAUAUUGAAGCUUAUACGCAUGAACCUGGAUUUUUCUCAUUUGGUGGACCAAAUUCAAAAUUAGCCAUUAGCGAACCUAGAUUUAUACGUAAAUUAAUAUCAGUUUCCGUAUCAGAAAAACGUAAUGAAGGUGAUUUAGUACCUACUUUAAUGACAAAAAAAUGUUGUGAAUUAUAUGAAAAUCUUGAUAAAGAAGAUAGGAUUAAAUUUUUGAAAAUACUUGCUCAUGAUUUUGGUGUGGUAAGAGAUAAAGUAUUUAAAGCGACAGAUCAUUAUAUUGGGAUAUCAAAUGCAGAUGCGAAUGAGAGAGCAAUACUUCGGGCAGAGCAAAUACUUCGACAUGCUGUAAUUCCGAUACAUCACGUAUUUUUUGAUCGGAUAAAUCGAUUGCCUAAUGGAACGAAAUUUUUAAUGGAUAUGCGUGCUGAUUUAUUAGUAUAUUUGAGAGAAAAUGGGCAUGAUGCAGUUUUAAUGACGUUGAACGAAUCUUUAAGAGAAAAGUUAUCAUCAUUAUUGGUUGGAUUUUUAAGUUUAAAGAGAUUAACAUGGCAUUCACCUGCCGCUUCUUUGGAAAAAGUCAUGGAAUAUGAGGCAGUACACGCUAUAAAGGAUUGGGAUGAUAUGAAGAGACGUGUAGGGCCUGGGCGACGACUCUUCGCAUUCUUUUAUAGGGAUAUUAGUAAUGAACCACUUGUAUUUAUUCAAGUAGCUUUAACAAAGGAGAUUGUGAACAAUGUGCAGAUAAUAUUGGAAGAUCCUAGUCCAACAAGAUCUAUACCACAAUCGGAAGAUAUACAAUGUGCAAUUUUUUAUUCAAUAACAAGUCAACAAGGAUUGUCAGGAAUUGAACUUGGUAAUUUUUUAAUUAAAAGAGUAGUAAGAGAAUUACAAAAUGAAUUUCCAAGUAUAGAAACUUUUUCAACGUUAAGUCCUAUACCAGGAUUUAAUAAAUGGUUGAUUAAUACUAUAAAUGUUGAAGAGGAUAGUAUGUUAAUUAAGGAAGAAAUUGAAAAGAUUAAGAGGGUAAGAAAUGAUUUAGAUGGUAAUGGAGCAGAAAUUUUAAAACAUUUAAUAAAAACAAAAGAAUGGAUCAGAGAUGAAAAAUGUUUUCGAGAGUUGAAACCUAUAUUGAUGAGAUUAUGUGCAAGAUAUAUUUUGACAGAGAAGAGAAGGAAUUUGGCAUUAGAUCCUGUUGCUAAUUUUCAUAUAAGAAAUGGCGCGUGCGUUUAUAGAUUAAAUUGGUUAGGAGAUAUAUCAAAAAAAGGAUUGGAAGAAUCAUUUGGAAUCAUGGCGAAUUAUAAUUAUAUAUUAGAACAUAUUGAAAAUAAUAAUAGACAAUAUUUAUGUGAUGGAACAAUUACAAUAUCAAAUAUUGAUCCUGUAUUAGUCGAAGAAGCAAAAGGAACAACAAAUAUUAAAAUAAUUUAAGAUUAAUUAGAUUAUUUUAUUGUUAUUGCUGAUUAGGUUUAUAGAUAAGAUGAUGAUUUUAUAUAAUUUGAUAAGUUAUUAACCAAUUGAGACUUUAAUAAAAUUGUAACGAAAGAUUAUCAAAAAAAGAAAAUCUAAUAUUUCUAAUAUAUUAAAUUGAAAAGAGUCAUGCGUAUAUUGAGAAUAUUAUUAUAGAAAGGAUUGAGCGUAUUCAAGAUGUAAGCUAUUGUGUAAUUUAAUUAUAUCGUAUUAUGUAAUUUCAAAAUAUAUAGUCAUGUGAUAUACUUAUCUGAUGAUAAAAUUGAUAAAAUAAAUAUUCAA